GUCCUUAAGCUGGAUAAAGAAAAAUGGCGGCGGCCACGCUGUGUAGGAGGACGGCGGUGUCAUUUAGGACAUUAAGUGUUACUUCUUCAAAGUCUGUCUUUUCUGCGAAUACUCACAGUGUUUUUCUAUUGCAGACGGCAUCCUAUAACCCAAAGCCUCUUAAGUUGAACCUCCGUGAGCCCUAUAUUCCAGAUAAGAACAGUGAGAAGACGCCGGAGUGGCAGAAGACGGCUCGGUAUGAUAGGAAGCUGUUCGGUCGCUAUGGCUCAGCUUCGGGUAUCGACCCUGCCUCGCUUUGGCCCAGUCAUGACCAGCUAGACAAGAUUAUUGAAGAGGAAAAAGAAUGGCACCCAACAUUGGAGGUUAUGCUGCAGAACAUCGAAGCCAAAGAGAAGCAGGAAACCGAAAAACGACUUGCAAAAGAGAAACUCAUCGCAGCCAACAUGGCCAAAAUGCCAAAGAUGAUCGCUGACUGGCGGAGGGAAAAACAUGAAACCAAGCAAAAGCAAAAGGAGGAGAAGGCUCAACGUACAAAGUUGCUGGCAGAGGCCAGGGAGCGAUUUGGCUUCACACUGGACCCCCGCAGCCCCAAGUUCUUGGAAAUGGUUGCAGAAAUAGAAAAGGAAAAUAAGAAGAAGCAAAAGCUACUGAAACGCAGACUUAAAAUGGAACAGACAGCAGCUCCUAUUGCACCUCCUACUACCUCCUCAUAGUCUCAGACUGAACUACGUCAGAUGGGAACUUCUGUAGGGACAUCAGCUAACAGCAGUAAAAAUUUUUGAGAUGUUUUGCACUCUUCUGUGGGAUAUGUCCUCAAUGGAGUCUGACUAAAUUAAAUGCUGAGAAUAUCUGUAAUGACCUGGAUUCAAGAAAAACACCAUCUAUCCCCUCUCAAAAAGAGUUGAUGGAGGGUUUCCAAUUUAUUUGGCAGAUAUAGUUUUUCUAUGACUUAUGUAACUUAUCCUGAAAUAAAUGUCCAUAUAGACUGUA